UUUUUUUAAUUACUAGGAUGAAGAUAUAGAAGGCCCCGAUUUUGUACCAGGAUCAUCAGGAGAAAUUGGUAAAUGUGAAUGCUCUGAGUCGACCAUAUCAAGUUUGCUUGCGUCUAUGCCCGAAAUGAGAGGACCGCCAGGAAGUCCGGGGCCACAGGGUGACCAAGGAGAAACUGGACUAGCUGGCCCACGGGGUGCACCAGGUGAACCUGGACCAAGAGGGCACACUGGACACGCAGGACCAAGAGGAGAAGAUGGAAGCCCAGGAAGAGCCGGGCCUCCAGGACGCGAUGGUGAACCAGGCAAGAGAGGAGAACCGGGACCAGUUGGGCCUCCAGGGCCGCUGGGACCCCCUGGAAUUUGUACUGUGAUGAAGGGAACUGAAGAAAAAAAAGAAGUAGCCAUACCGGGUGAAAGAGGUCCACCUGGACCAAUUGGUCCCCCGGGUCUUAGAGGACCGGAAGGAGAAAGGGGCGCAAAAGGAGAAACUGGAACCAAUGGAGACAAAGGUGAUCAGGGAACAAAAGGAGAAAGAGGAGAACCCGGUGAAGAUGGAAGAGACGGGACUCCAGGCACACCUGGAAGUGACGGGCUACCCGGUCAUAAUGGACAAAAAGGCGAUACUGGCAUCAUCGGUCCACCCGGUAUGGCCGGCAUGCCAGCUAAAUUAACAUCAUUGUUAACAGAAGAGAUAGAUCCUAAAGAGAAGGCUGAAAUUGCUGAUUUAUUGAGAGGACCAAAGGGGGAGAAGGGAGAUUAUGGCGUCAAGGGUGACAGAGGGGAUGACGGGAUAAAUGGACUACCGGGAAACGACGGUAAAGAUGGCCGAGACGGAACACCGGGAGAGCAAGGUCCACAUGGAUCAAAAGGGGAGCAUGGACCAGCCGGACCAAGAGGUCAUAAAGGGGACCGUGGAGAACCUGGACCACCCGGUAACACUCCUGCUGCUGCCAUUACGUUAACUAAGGGUGAUAAAGGAUCGCAUGGACACCCCGGAAAGGCGGGCCCAAAAGGAGAUCUUGGCCCUAAAGGCGAACAAGGUACGCCGGGACAAAAUGGACCUAAAGGAGAUAAAGGAAAUAUUGGACCUCCGGGACCUAUAGGGCACAAAGGCGUUGAAGGAAAAAAAGGGUCGACCGGUGAAAAGGGGGAGAAAGGGGAAAGGGCUCAACCCAUUGACUUGGCAUUGCUGAAAGGUGAAAAAGGUGAAAGAGGUCAGAUUGGGCCCACGGGACCAAUUGGUCCACCAGGACCUCUAGGAGCAGCCUCCAAUCACACUGCUAUUCCUGGACCUGUUGGACCUUCUGGACCUCCCGGACCUCCUGGCCAACCUGGCCUACCCGGGUCCCCUGGAUUGACUAUCACAGGACCAUUAGGUGGACCAGUGGAUGCACUAAAUUCUAUUUAUUAUGACAUCGGAGAAGAUGACUUCUACACAGCUUCCACAGUGGUUUACAAAAGCCGGACAUCAUUAAUAAAAAGAACCGAAAGCACGCCUCUAGGAACCUUAGCCUUCGUCUUACAAGAGGAAAUUCUUCUUUUACGGGUCCAAAAUGGGUGGCAAUAUGUCCGGAUGGGUUCCAUGUGGAACGUCCAGCCCUCAUCAACGACCACUCGACCCCAGUGGCAUGACGCUGCACCAGUAACGACGCGAUCCCCAAGGGCUAACAUUGUCGCAAGCACCGACAGACCUCCGAGGAUGAGACCACGACCACCACGGCGUUUAAAGACGAAUUACAUUCGUCUAAUAGCGUUAAACAGCCCAUACACGGGUAGAAUGUUAAGUGAGACUAAUUCUAGUUUUAGUUUCUACGCUAUAGCAAAUGACUGCAGAAGGCAGGCCCAAAGACACAAUAUCAGCGGUCACUUUGAGCCUUUGCUCGAUUAUAGGGAUGGUGGCUUAGAGAAUCUUGUAGAUAAAAAAUACCAUCAACUACCAGUAGGAAACAUGUUUGGAGACAUGCUUUUUAACACAUGGAAAGACAUGUUUUAUGACCUGGGUCACAUUCUUCCGACUGCAAACAUCUUUGGGUUCAAUGGGAAAAGUAUAUUUAUUGACCCAAACUGGCCUGAACAUAAAUUAUGGCAUGGAUCUAACACACUAGAAGUGGGCGAGAAGGCCAACUGCCAAGACUGGAUGAGCGAGAGCCCUAAACAUUUUGGGACUGCGUCAACGCUUGCCAAAAAUAGGUUGCUAGAGAGAGAACUGCACCCGUGCAGCAGCAAAUUCAUUGUGUUGUGCGUAGAAGUAACACCAAACCUGCCUAGAAGACAAAGGCAUAUACCAGCAAGAAGACGAAGAAGGUUAACGUGACCAUUUUAAAAUUAAGUGCCUUAAAACUUAGUUUGAGAAUUACUGUGAACCUCAGAUGGUUAGAGUUAGACCAAGAAAAGUCUGCAGCGAUUUUGAUAGCCCAC